AUGACCGGUGCAGCCGAUUCAAAUAUGAACAAAGAAACGACGACCAUAAAUGAAGACGAUAAAACGACGAUCGCAGAAGCGAAGGAAAUGACAUCAAUGGAAAUCGAUAAAAAAGAUCAAGAGGAACCAGCUGUUGCUGCUGCUGCCUCUCCAGACGAAACGAACACAUCGAAAGAAGAACAAACGACGAAUACUGAAGAAUCCGAAAAAGAAGGCGACGAUGAUGUCUCAUCGAAAUCAGAAAGUGAAAUGACUGAUAGUGAAGAUGAUGCACAACCACUUUUUGAACAACCAAUUAUUCUUGAUGGCAAACGUUCACGACGACCAACAUCACGUCUCGAUAUAUCUGAUUCACUGCCAACAAAAAAAGAACUAACGAUUCCUCAGGGACAUGGCAAACCCUUAGGUGAAAUUGAAUAUAUUAAUUAUCAAAUAACUCAUGCUUCAACCGAUGCUCUCUCUCGAAUGCGUACUAUUUGUUUUGGUCGACGAGGAAAUAAGUCAACAAUACGAAAACAUCUUCGAGAAUUUAAAGGAUUUGAAUUUUCACGUGAUAGUGAAGAAUAUGAAAAGCAUUUGAGCAAUUUAGUAAAAUUUAAAAAAGACCAAUUAAAAUCGAUUUCAAAUAUUCUUGGUUUACCAGCAACUGGCCGUAAUACUGAUCAUGCCGAACGAAUUUUAAAUUUUCUAUUGGAACCGCUUGAUGAAGGAAAACGUGUACCAGGCAAAAAAUCAGCGGGACGUACACCGAAAAAACGUAGUCAUAAUUCAAAAAGUUCUAUCGAUACGGAUCAAGAAACAAAAAAUGAAAAACCUGAAUUAAAUCAUGAUGUAGAUUAUGCUUAUAAAUCUGGCAAAAAAUCUUCAAAUAAACGUGCAUCCAAUGAACCAACGCCAACAAAUUCCAAACGAAAAAAACGUACGCCUGCUGCAUCGGAUUCUAAAGAAAAUCAAGAAACAAUUACUGUUAUCGACGAACAUAAACAUAAUGAUGAAGAAACAGUGAAGGUAAACGAGAAUGAUAUUACAGAUAAUAAAUUAAUAGAAAAAACGGAUCUCAAUGAAGCAAAAGCAGCGGACCAAAUAAUUCAAGAGGCAAAUUGA